GUUUGGAAUUUGAUCAACAUUAGAAUGGAAGACGAUAUUUGAUCAAUGAAAGCCACGUUCUCCAAUUCAUUUUAUAAUCGAUUGCCAUCAUCCAUUUCUCUGAGAAAGAAGGAAUCGAUCAUCGUCGCAGCUGAGCUCACGUGCAGCUCGUGGGCUUCGUCGCCAACUCCUGCGCCAUGGUGGCAACAGUUUGGCAUGGCCCUUUUAAAAGAGCUGCCACCUUCCUUCCACAAGACAACAAAGAAGGUUACAACCGCCAUUCUUACUACUACCACCACUAUCAUCCGUACUUGAUCUUCAGCCAUGGACGACAUCGACGAGGAAACAGCUCCUCCUCAAGCCCAAGUUGAAGAGGAAUUUCGGCCUUACUACCCCGAGAAGGUCGAAGACGAAGGCGUUCUUACGAAGGAGGGGUUGAAGAAGAAGCUGAUCAAAGUAGGUGAAGGAUGGGACGCUCCCCUACUCGGAGACGAAGUCACAGUGCAUUUUACUGGAUCUGUGGUUGGUGGGGAGAAGUUUGCCUCGAGCAAGGACAAAGGGGAACCAUUUGUUUUCAAUGUCGGAAAAUAUUCAGGUGCUGAGCUCAGGGGCUGCGAUGACGGUAUCAUCACAAUGAGGCUAGGCGAGAUAGCGCUCUUCACCGUGCCUCCCAAACUAACGCAGGGGAUCCAGGAGACUUUCCCGUCCAUUGCUGCUGAUGCCACCCUCCAGUUCGAGAUUGAAUUGAUAUCUUGGCUGAAAGUUGUUGAUGUCUGCGAGGACGGAGGGAUAAUUAAGAAGAUUCUGCACAGAACAGAGGCUAUAGAGCGAGCAAAAGAGAAGGAUGAAGUGACAGUUAAAUAUGAGGUAAAGCUUGACGAUGGCACUGUGGUAGCAAAAUCACCUGAAGAUGGAGUAGAAUUUGUCGUUCACGAUGGCCAACUGUGUCCUGCAAUUGCAAAGGCGGUAGUGACCAUGAGGAAGGGGGAGAAGGCCGUUCUUACAGUACAGCCUCAAUAUGGGUUCGGGGAGAAGGGGAGGCCAGCGACAGACGAUCAGUUUCCUGCUAUUCCUCCUAAUGCUGUCCUUACCAUUUUCCUGGAGUUGGUUGCAUUCAAGCUUCUUGAGUAUAUUACCGAAGAUAAGAAAGUGAUCAAGAAAAUCACCUGCCCUAUGGAGACCUUUGAGAAGCCAAACAGUGGGGCAGUUGCUCAUAUUAGAUAUGUUGGCAAGCUUUCAGAUGGAACAAUCUUUGACAAGAAGGGCCAUGAUGGGGAAGAACCUCUUGAAUUUCUUGUAGAUGAAGACCAAGUAAUCAGUGGCCUAGAUCUAGCUGCUGCAACUAUGCGCAAAGGUGAAAUUGCUCUGGUUAUAAUUGGUCCUGAAUAUGGCUAUGCAGACACCCAAUAUGAGGGAAAACUUGCUGUGGUACCUGCACAUUCGACACUUUACUAUGAAGUGGAGAUGGUAGACUUUACCAAGGUAAAGGAGUCAUGGGAUAUGGAACCUGAGGAAAAGAUUGAAUAUGCAGGAAGAAGGAAAGAGGAAGGUAAUGCCUAUUUUAAGGCUGGAAAAUAUGAACGAGCUUCAUUGAGGUUUGACAUGGCUGUAAAAUAUGUAGAAUUUGAAAGCACCUUCAGUGAAGAACAGAAGAAGAUUGGAAAAUUUUUUAAAGUCACAUGCAGUCUGAAUAAUGCAGCAUGCAAGCUGAAGCUAAAGAAAUAUAGAGAAGCCGCCAAACUAUGCACAAAUGUAUUAAAACUGGAAUCUCAGAAUGUGAAAGCUCUGUUCAGGAGGGCACAGGCAUACAUCGAGACAACAGAUUUUGAUUUGGCAGAGUUGGAUCUAAAGAAGGCAUUGGAGAUUGAUCCUGAUAAUAGGGAGUUGAAGUCAGAGUAUGCAAGACUGAAGAAGCUGCAGGCCUACUAUGACAAGAAGGAUAGUAAGCUGUACGCAAGCAUGGUCGAAAAGCUGCGGCUUUCAGAUGGAAAGGAGGAAAAGAAGCUGGUGGAGGUAAACUGAGACAACCAUUUUGUAAUAAAUCCUACUAGAGUUCCAUAUUGACGCUUGUGCAGUUCAGAUUUCCUCGUCGAAUAAGGACCAUUGGUUCAAUAAUAAGGAAGAUGGCAGUCUUUACUGAGAGUAUAUGUUGUGAAAUGUUUAUUCACGUUUCAGAUCAGUAUGUUAUAUGUAUGUUUUAACGCCAAGGAGCUUCCAGCACAUCGUUUCCAUCUUGUGAGUGGUUUGAUAACAAGUUUUUCUGGAAAUCCACUUAAGCGCAAC